AUGGCCAUCCUGGCCAGCAAGGCGGACGAGAUGCACGUUGGCCUUGAGGACGCCGUCCUUGAGCUGAUAGCCAAGCGCGUUCAGAGAAACGUGCGGGAAUUGGAAGGCAGCCUGAACCGGAUGGUUGCUUACUCACAGAUGAUGAACGUUGAUCUGACGCUGGACACCACCGAGCGGCUAUUAAACGAUUUCAAACCUGACCAAGCCCGGGAUUCCAUAGAUCCGCAGAGAAUAUUGUCGGAGGUCGCAACCUACUUCGGGAUAAAGGUCGACGACCUGCUGGCCCGUAGCCGCAAGCGCACGGUGUCGGUGCCGCGGCAGGUGGCGAUGUAUCUUCUGAUCCACGAGAUUGGCCUGCCCCCAACGCAGGUGGGGAGGCUGCUCGGAGGAAGGGAUCACUCCACGAUCAUUCAUGGCGCCGGCAAGAUCAACGGAGAAAUUAACGAGGACACUGAACUCCGGCACGACGUUCAGGCUAUCAAAGAGUCGAUUUUCGCCUGA